AUGGCCAACGCAAAAUCCCCACGCACGGCAGAGGUGAAGAAGCGACCUACCCGUGAGAAGAGAAAGAAGACCUCAAAACGGAAUUCUUCGCCGCGAGAGACCGACGAUGCCAAUCAAAUGACCUUCGUUGACAGAAAGUCGCUCUUUCCCAUCCUCGACCUACCUGCGGAGCUUCGCAACGCAAUUUACGAGUACGCCGCUCUCGACGCCACCGCCGUCGUGCGUCCGAACGUCCGUGGCAAGGUCCUGAGUAACUCGCCACUCACUCGAGUCUCGCACCAGGUCCGAGAAGAAUAUAGCUCCAUGCUCCUGCUCACCGCCCCCACAAUCACGGCUCACGUCAAAGACCUCGACUUCGCGCAUAUCGUGGCCCUCUUGAACAGGCUAUCGGACCAAGAGCUCCGCGCUCUACCAUCAAUCACUCUCCCCUCCGACCGCAGCAUCAGGAUAAAUCUGCACAUAACAGAAGCCUGCGCAACACAUUCUGACACCCUCACGCGCUGGCUCCUUCGGCUCGAACAUCCCACCAAAAGCGGCACGAAUCUCAACAUUACCUAUCGCGCUUUGGGUAUUCAUCAUUUCACCCCGUCACGGCCUUACGACGACGUCGUUCACUCUUGGGCUUCUCUGAAUCCUGCCGUGUUGGCCUGGCGAGCCAACAAGCGGGCCGUGCCUCAGGAUGGGUCGCCAGUCGGUGCUAUCUAUCAAGCACUGAAGAAGAUGCUUCCACGGGUGGAGAAGGAGGAGUCCGCCGGAAGGAUUAAGGAGGAGUUGAAGAAGAUUAUCGAAGCUUUGCGGUUCUCAGCAUCUCCUGCGGGGUCUUACUGCGCUUGUUUGGUUCAUCCUGAGGAUGAGUGA